AAUGGGAUAUUACUUCAUUGUGUUGUGUGGUUUAUAUAGUUGAAACUUUAAAUGUAGUUUUCAAAGAAGAAUGGAGGGAAAUAUGAAGCUUGCUACAGUGGAGGACGCUGUGGAGUACUGCCUGUUCCUGAUACCAGAUGAACCAAGGGACCCGGAAGAACACAAAGAGGUUCUUGAAAAGUAUAUUGAGAGAAUAAUGACCCAGUUUGCACCUAUGCUGGCUCCUUAUAUCUGGCAGAAUCAGCCUUUCAAUCUCAAAUAUAAACCUGGAAAAGGAGGUGUUCCUGCUCAUAUAUUUGGCAUGACAAAGUUUGGUGAUAACAUUGAGGAUGAAUGGUUUAUUGUUUAUAUAAUAAAGCAAAUUACAAAGGAAUUUCCAGAAUUGGUAGCAAGGUAUUAUAGUUAUUUUAAUAAUUCUAAAGGAAUUUUAUUCUUUGCUCAUGGAUUUGAGAUUCUAUGCUCCAAAUGUAGCCCACAUUUUUCUGACUCCAAAAAAUCCUCUCUGACUACCUCACCACUCUGGGCUGGCUUCCUUGAAAGUCUGAACAAGAAUGAUUACUUUAAGGGACUCAUAGAAGGCUCUGCACAGUACCAGGAAAGAGUAGAAAUGGCAAAGAACUACUUCCAACUCUCAGUAAACCGGCCGGAAAGCUCUCUUGCUAUGAGCCCAGGUGAAGAAAUCUUAACCUUAUUACAGACAGUACCAUUUGAUAUCGAAAUGCUAAAGAAGGAAGAAGCUAAUCUUCCCUCAGAAGAUGAUGACCGGUGGUUAGAUCUCUCACCGGAUCAGCUGGACCAGCUACUGCAGGAAGCUGCUGCCAAAAAAGAACCAGAGCCUGUUUCCAAGGAGGAGAGCUAUGACUUAACUCAAGUCUCAAAGAGCAUGAAAGCUUUCAUAUCCAAAGUCUCAACCCACAGAGGAGCAGAGCUGCCUCGAGAACCUUCGGAGGCUCCAAUCACUUUUGAUGCAGAUGCUUUUCUUAAUUAUUUUGAUAAGAUUUUAGGGCCAAGGCCUCAAGAAUCGGACUCUGACGACCUGGAUGAAGAAGACUCUGACUAUUUAGAUAGUGAUGAUGACUUGGACCUUGAAACACAGGAGCACGGGGAAGAAGCAUCUGUAAAAGGAACUCUUGAUGAUCUCAAGUCAUACAUGGCCCAGAUGGACCUGGAACUUGCACAUACCAGCAUUGGCAAAAGUUUCACUGCCCAGAAGCAAAUGGAAUCUCUAUCCCAGACUACCAAUAGCAAUUCAGAUGAGGAGGAUUCCGGUGCAGAAGGAUCUGUUAUGACACCUGUGGAUGUCGACCUGAACCUGGUUUCCAAUAUAUUGGAAUCAUAUAGUUCCCAAGCUGGACUGGCAGGACCUGCCUCCAACCUUUUACAGAGCAUGGGCGUGCGGCUCCCCGACGACACUGAUCACAGGCCCACGAGUAAGCCAGCGAAAGAUUAGCCAGCAAACCUAGCCCCCUCUCUUUUUUUUUAAAACACAUUCUGAGUCUGAUUGUGCUCCUUUCUAGUUUAGAGUGCUCAUGUAAAGUUUCUUCAUUCCAAAUUUCACAGAUUCUCUUUUCCUCUAUAUGCCCCAAAUGUUGCCCUUUCUGCAAGUCUUUGUGAGCUCCAAGGAGUGCACACAAGGUUUUGAAGUCAUAAGAGAGAGGAUCAAGCUCCCAAGAUGAGAUUUACACUCUCCACAUUUAGGGCAUUAAGUGUUUUUUAUUGAGGAUUAAAUGUUGGGUAGAGAAAAGGAAAGUAGUCAAAAAUAAAGAAUGUGGGCCGGCUGAGUGGCUCAGUUGGUUAAGAGCUCGCUCAAGAG